AUGACGCCAGAUGAGGAGGGUGGGGAAACCCCAUGCAAGAUUGAUGUUGAGUAUGAAUGGCUCCCCCCUAAAUGUACAGGAUGCCUAACACUGGGUCACUCGGUUAAGGAUUGCUCGAUGAAAAAAACUCAGAAACAUACAAAGCCGCCGGUUAAAGUGUAUGUACCUAAAACCACUGUCCCUCCUCCACCUAAACCCAAGGAGCAACAAAAGAAACAUGAGUUUGUAGUUGAGGUGGAUAAAGUACAAAAGAAAAAUCAUGGUGUUGAACAGGAAGAACGAGAAACGUCAUCACAUAAAGAGAAAGUAUGGAACGUCCGGGGGCUGAAUAAAAGAGACCAUCAGCUUGCAGUAAAGGAGCUAGCCUCGAAAUACAGGUUACAUUUUAUUGGCAUAUUAGAAACCCGUGUUCGUAUCAAUAAUGCUUUGAAUAUUCAGUCGUUUUUGCUUCCUCAUUGGAAAUGGUUUGUUGAUUAUGCAUCUGUGGGUAACCGUAUUUGGGUAGCGUGGGAUGCAAAUAUAUUGGCACGUGAACACUCGGACGAGCCCUGGCUGGUAGGGGGGGACUUCAAUGCAGUCAGGGAUCUCAGUGAGGUCUGUGGUACGUCGGGAGAUAUAAGGGUGGCGAUGGAGGAAUUUAAUACGUGCCUACAGAAUACUGCGCUUUUACCAUUACCGAUGCAGGGUGAAUGGUACACAUGGCAUAAUCGAAGUGCUGGUCCUCGCACCAUGUGGAAGCGACUUGAUCGUAUACUAACCAAUGAUACAUGGACUAUGCGGUUUCCAUCAGUGUUCUAUCAAUGCCUCACACCACGGACAUCGGAUCACUCGCCGAUGGUGAUUAAUGGGGAUAAUCAGCAGCGAUUUGGAGGUAUGUUCCGGUUUGACAACUUCCUUACUCUCUCACCAGAUUUUAUUCCUACCGUGCAGAGUAUAUGGCAACAUCAAAUAAUGGGAGUGCCUAUGUUCUCAGUCACCCGCAAGCUCAAGGCACUCAAACCUCUUUUGCGAGAAAAGAGGAGAAAAAAAGGGGAUAUCUCCCAUAAUGUUGAGCUGGCAAGGGAGUUCCUGGAGCAGGCCCAGAUAUUGGUAAGCUCGCACAGACAGGAUGAGCUAUUUCUUCUGUUGGAGCACUGCAGUCGGCUUGUGUAUGCAAAGGCGGCCGAAUUGGAGAAGAUCAUGCUACAGCAGAGGGCAAAGAUGGAAUGGAUGAAGGGUGGUGAUCAGUGUUCCAGAGUAUUCUUUCGUAAAAUUGCCCAAAGACGGACAGCUAGACGAAUCUUGCAAAUUAAUGAUGCCCAAGGAAUUACAAUCACGGAACCAAAUGCAAUCAUACUUGAAUUUAUCUCCUACUAUCAAUCCUUGCUAGGGGGAGACAGGCGUCAGAGGGUGAUGGACCUUCGGUUUCUUAGGCCUUGGGCGAGGCAUAUCAUAACAACUGAGGAGGCAGGCCACCUACUGGAACCAUUCAGUGCAGAGGAUAUAAAAAAAGCUAUUUUCGACAUCGGCGAAGCACAUCAUCAAUAUAUCCUACCGAUGCCUGCUAGGAUCUUUUGUUUACCAUAUUUGGAGGGAGAGAAACCUAAGACGGUUUGA